CUUAGGUCAUUCUUCAAUCUUGGAAGUGAGAAGUGAUUGUGAUUUGUAAUGUUUGUUUUUUGUUGUGGUCAUGAUUUUUUCGGUGUAACGCAUUUAUGAAAUUUAUUUAUUUUUCUUUAAAUAUUAAAACAAUUCACAAAUGUUUUUAAAGGAAGUUUCCUAAAUUGAGUAAAAUUAAAUAAAUCCCACAAAAAUGGACCAGGUUCAAGAAGGUGUAAUGGAAAGACAAGGAAGUUGUUUACUUCUGCGAUGUGCCAGUCAAAAUUCUUUAGAUGAAAGUUCUCAAAAACACAUUUCGCAAAACCACCCUCACAGCAAGGAACGCCCUCCAUAUAGAAAUCAUUUUCACACCCAAAAAGCUUUCGAUAUUAUGAAUGUCAUGCGAAAGCAAAAGCUGCUUUGUGAUGUUACUCUAGUAGCAGAUACAGUGGAAAUUCCAGCCCAUAAAAUGGUAUUAGCUGCAUGUUCGCCUUAUUUUUAUGCCAUGUUUUCAAGUUUUGAAGAAAGUCGGCAAGAUCGUAUAGUUCUAAAAGAAGUAGAUCAUCAAGCUUUAUUGUUACUUGUUGAAUAUGUUUACACAUCUGAAGUUCACGUUACCGAGGACAAUGUACAAGUUUUAUUACCAGCUGCUAACCUUUUGCAACUCACUGAUGUCAGAGAUGCUUGCUGUGAUUUUCUACAGGCACAAUUGCACCCUACUAACUGUUUAGGAAUCCGUGCCUUUGCAGAUUUACAUGGAUGCUUGGAGCUACUUUCACACGCGGAGUCCUACAUAGAACUGCAUUUCCCGGAAGUAGUGGAAUGUGAGGAGUUUUUGACCCUUUCUCAUCAACAAGUAUCAAAAUUAAUUUGUAGUGAUAGAUUAACUGUACCUUCAGAAGAAAAAGUAUUUGAAUGUGUUAUUGCAUGGGUGCAACAUGACUUGGAGAACCGACACAAGCAUUUGGCGUCUCUCAUGGAACACGUUCGCCUGCCUCUAAUGUCCCAAGACUAUCUCGUACAGAGGGUGGAAGAAGAGCCUCUCUUAAAGGCUGACAUACAGUGUAAAGACUAUCUUAUAGAAGCUUUAAAAUAUCACUUACUAAAGGGAGAUACGAAAACCGCCUUCAGGACACCCCGCACAAAGCCCAGACAACCAGUAGGUUUACCCAAAGUUCUAUUGGUUGUUGGAGGGCAAGCUCCUAAAGCCAUAAGAAGUGUUGAGAGUUACGACUUUAAAGAGGAAAGGUGGUUCCAAGUUGCGGAAAUGCCAACGAGGCGGUGUAGAGCCGGUUUAGCGGUUUUGGGUGGGAAAGUUUAUGCGGUAGGUGGAUUCAAUGGAUCUUUAAGGGUGAAAACAGUUGAUGUUUACGACGCUGCUUUGGAUGUGUGGACAAGUGCUGAUAGCAUGGAAGCGAGGCGAUCUACUUUGGGUGUGGCUGUGUUAAAUAAUUGUAUAUAUGCAGUUGGAGGCUUUGAUGGAUCUACGGGAUUGAAUUCUGCAGAAAUGUAUGAACCUCAGAUGGGAAAGUGGAAACUUAUUGCUGAAAUGUCCACUAGGCGAAGUAGCGUUGGAGUGGGUGUUUUAUAUGGACAGUUAUAUGCGGUAGGGGGAUAUGACGGAGCCUCUAGACAAUGUCUGAGUUCUGUGGAAUGCUAUACUCCUGAAACUGAUAGUUGGACUCCGGUGCCAGAUAUGUGUUCAAGGAGAAGUGGUGCAGGAGUUGGUGUCUUAGAUGGCAUCCUCUAUGCUGUGGGAGGACACGAUGGACCUUUAGUUCGUAAAUCAGUGGAAGCAUAUGAUCCAGCUAAAAACAAAUGGACCCCAGUCAGUGACAUGGCGUUGUGCAGGAGGAACGCGGGCGUUGUAGCCAUGAAUGGGUUGUUGUAUGUUGUUGGUGGCGACGAUGGAUCCUGCAAUUUGGCUUCUGUGGAAGUGUACAACCCAAAAACAGACAGUUGGACAAUGUUGCCCAGCUGCAUGGGCAUCGGACGUAGCUAUGCAGGGGUAGCUAUUAUAGAUAAACCUAUUUGAAGGUCGCCUCACGCUGGCAAUGGGGUCCCUGCAAACAGUUCGUCGGGUGGAAGAUAUGUGAACUGCGACGAGAACAGCAACGCCGAAGGCGCAGUUGGCUACGACUUACACCUGACGACAUCCUCACACUUCGAUAAC